ACACAGCAAUAAGAGAGAAUAUCCAGUCAGCCACUGAGGAACAGAAGAGCUGUAAUAAAUAUUAUUAAAGGGAAAGUUAGCCCUCACUGUUUUCCCAAGAAGAGGUUUUAUCAAAGCACUGUUCAAGGCUGCCGACCAGCAUGAGUGUGAAAGGAUUAACACUUUGGCCAUGGCUAUCCAGGAAGAAACAGGAACUCUCAACUGGCAGAAUAGGACAUCCAAAGUCUUUAGAUGUCAGUGAUUAGAGAGCAGCCCAUCUUCACCACCAGAGCCCACGUCUUCCAAAUCGACCCCAGCACGAAGAAGAACUGGGUGCCUGCAAGCAAGCAGGCUGUAACUGUUUCCUACUUCUAUGACAGCACGAGAAACAGCUACCGGAUUAUCAGCGUGGAUGGAGCCAAGGUGAUCAUAAACAGCACAAUCACACCUAAUAUGACCUUUACUAAAACAUCGCAGAAAUUUGGCCAGUGGGCGGACAGCAGAGCAAACACUGUAUUUGGUUUGGGCUUUUCUUCUGAACAGCAGCUGACAAAGUUUGCGGAGAAAUUCCAAGAAGUAAAAGAAGCUGCCAAACUAGCAAGAGACAGAUCUCAAGAGAAAAUUGAAACCUCAAGCAAUCAUUCCCAGGAAUCCGGUCGAGAAACACCAUCUUCCACUCGUGCAUCCAGUGUAAAUGGGACAGACGACGAGAAGGCGUCACAUGGUGGUCCUGCUGAUGCACAUCUGAAGUCUGAGAAUGAUAAAUUAAAAAUUGCUCUGGCCCAAAGUUCAUCCAAUGUAAAGAAGUGGGAGACGGAGCUGCAGACGCUGAGGGAGAGCAAUGCCAGGCUGACCUCGGCGCUCCAGGAAUCCGCUGCCAGCAUUGAGCACUGGAAGAAACAGUUCUCGGCAUGCAAGGAGGAAAACGAUCAACUCAGGAACAAGAUUGAAGAACUGGAGGAACAGUGCAAUGAAAUAAAUAAAGAGAAGGAAAGAAAUGCACAGCUGAGCAGACGUCUCCAGGAACUGGAAACAGAACUUCAAGACAAAGAACUGGAACUGGAGGAGCUCCGAAAGCAGGGUGAAAUUAUACCACAGCUAAUGUCAGAAUGUGAAUCUGUAUCUCAAAAAUUACAGGCUGCUGAGAAAAAGAACAAAGAUCUCGAAGAGAAGGUCAUAACACUAAGGACAGAAGUUGAAGAGAGCAAACAUAGGCAGACCAACCUUAAAACUGAAUUAAAGAAUUUUUUAGAUGUACUAGAUGGGAAGAUAGAUGAAUUACAUGAUUUCCGACAAGGACUGUCUAAACUUGGGGUUGACAACUAGAUGGCAAUAGAUUUUUGUAAUCUAGAGUCUGGAUGUUUGAUGUUUUCUUGAUCCCAAACGUGUGUUUUACAAAAUAUAAUUAGAAUGUUCCACUUGUUUGCAUUGUUUUUGUACAUAGAGGCUGAAAACUUGCAGUGGAUUUGGGGGUUGGUUGGUUUGUUUGUUUGUUUGUUUGUUUGUUUGUUUGUUUGUUUGUUUGUUUGUUUUCCAAACCAAUUGUGCUGCUCACUGAAUUCUGUUGAGAAUAGAAACUUUCUAUAUUGCUGCUCUGGCUGUGUGGGGUUGUGAAGAAGUAGAGGGUUCUGUCUCAGGAAUCUGGAACUAGAUCUACCUUAAAAUGUAUAUGCAGUUAGUUGUUGCAGGGAAAUUUAUAUCUUUCUUAAGGGCUGUUGCAACCAUAGAAACAAAAACCAAGUCUUUUUCUAGUUUGGACUAUCAGCACUCCUAGCAACAUACACUUUUAUUCCUUGGUGGAGCAGAGAGAAGACGAGAUGGGGCUCCUGCAGUUUGUAAAUCAGCCUGGUAAAAUGUGCCUGUGAUGAGUUGCAGUCAAGUGAAUCACUUUACACAGAUGCCAGUAUCCUUAGGGACCAUGUCAGUCAGGCCUGAUUCACAGAAAAAAAUCCAGUGGAUUUCAUAUAACCUCUGAUACAGGCUACUUGUGCUUGCCUGUGCUCAUACAGCACAAAUUCAGCAGUGCUGAAAUGAAUUUCAGCUCUUAUACUUCAAGUCAGUCAUGCAUCUUACCCAGUCGGUGAUGACAGCUUCUCUUGCUUAACUAGAUUAUCUUUCUUUGGCCCACAAUUUUGAACCCAUGUUGUUCAGUCAGUGCAUAUAUCUCUGAAAUAUGCAUAAUAACUCUUGGGACCAGAUAUUUAUUUUAAAAAAAGAUAGGUUACUAUUUUGUAUGCAGGACACGUGCACCUCUGUAACUUGAUCACUGUUGUUUCACUGCCACUGUAGUAACUUGGGAGACACUGAUCUGAAAAGCAUUAAAAAGCUACUAGAAAGGGUGUUGCUCAGAAGCAGGUUUCUGCUGAGGAGGCUUGCAUGGUAAUGACUGCAUGAAAUCAAAAUCUUUUCCUGUGAUUUCUACUUUCCCACCUUGUGGAAUAGUAGGAAGGAAUUAGACACCAAAUUAGACUCGCAAGGAAAAAAGCCCAAAGGCACAAAUGCUAUUGUGUUCCAUACCUGAUUAUUCAGCAGCUCUAAAUACAUUUUGAGUGAUGCAAGGUCAUAUAUUGGAUUCCAGCGAGACAGAAGCUUGAUUCAUUACUGGCAGUGAUGUAAAAAGGAAGAGAGAGAAGAAUUCAGCCCAAGUCUUGCUUUUAUCUCUAAGACUGCCUUCAAUUUCUUUCUUUUCUUUCUUUGUAAACUGGUUUGAGAUUCUAUUUACACAGGAUCUAAAUUAAUUCAGGAAAAAAAAACCCAUUUGUUUAUAUGAUAUUAUUAUUUGCUUAAAUCAGGCAACAGCCUGGAUAAGCACUUAGUUAAUGCAUUCCAGCAGUGACAGACAUUAAAUGGCCAUGUCAUGAUGCUUGCAUAUUACAACUUAGGGUUUUUUUUUUAAUUUUCUUGGCACAUCUCUAUUAUAAAAGUGACCUUUAAAAGAACUGUGGGUUAUAGAUGAAAAAUGCAUUGAAUACUUUUUGCACAUGGAUAUACAAUCCACAUGCUGAAACUGUGGAGUUAGGUUCUGUCUGCAAUUGUCCCUUGAGUUUUGAUUUCAUCUGUUACUGUGCAUUAUCUGUUUAGACUUGACUUUUUGUAUUUUUGCUUUUCCCCCUUUUAAACAACUGCUGUUGUGAAGUUGGGACCUUUUAUAACCAUUACGACCAUUUAAGUCUCUGCAGAAGAUUGCUGUAGGCUGUUGGUAUUUAAAAAUGAAAAUAAAAAUCAGG